AUGGCUACUACCAAGGCUAUCAUUGUUUGCGGCGCAACUGGCAAGCAGGGCGGCUCUGUACUCAAGCAGCUCGCGACACAUUCUGAGAGCUCUCAAUACACGCUUCUUGCCGUCACGCGUGAUAUCAAAUCUAGCUCCGCAAAACGCAUCACAGACAAUUAUCCAAGCGUCAAACUCGUGCAAGGCAACCUCGACGAUGUCCCAUCUUUAUUCGCAUCCGCCAAGGCUGCACUGAAAGAAGGCGGCAAGGAAGAGAAGAUAUGGGGGGUAUACUCCGUCCAGAUCUCCAUGGGACCCGGUACCAGCGUGGAGGGCGAGAUCAAGCAGGGUACCUCCCUUAUCGACGAAUCGAUCAAGGAAGGCGUCACACACUUCGUCUAUUCCUCCGUGGACAGGGGUGGCAACCAGCGCAGCUUCGAGAACAAGACGCCGAUCCCGCAUUUCCAGACAAAGUACCAGAUUGAGCAGCAUCUGCUUGAAAAGGCUGGCAAGAAGGGGGAGAACAUGGGAUGGACGAUUCUGCGUCCUGUGGCUUUCAUGGAUAAUCUGGAGCCCGGUAUACCGACAAAGGUCUUCCUCGCUGCGCUUCGAGAUACGCUGCAAGGCAAGGCACUGCAAUGGGUUUCUGUCGAAGAUAUCGGUAUCUUCGGUGCGAGAGCCUUCCGGGAGCAUGAGAAGUGGAAUGCUCGUGCUGAAGCGCUUGCAGGCAGUGAACUCACCAUGGAUGAGAUGAAUGACUGCUUUCAGCGAGCCAUUGGUAGCCCAUGGGCGGUUACCGAGAUGAGCAUCAUGAUUACAUGGUUCGCCUCUGAGGGGUACGGUGCUGAUAUUGAGGCACUGAGGAAGGAAGAGCCGAAGCUGUGCGAUUUCGAGACUUGGCUGCGUGAGAGGAGUGGUUGGAAGUCGCAGGUUGUUGCGAAAUAG